AUGCUCUGGACCGCGUGGGUAGCGUUCCUCAUCGCGCUCCCCCCCUUCGCCGCGCUCCAGCUCGCCUGGCUCCUCGUGAGCUUCUUCGUCUCCCGGCGCCUCGCGUGGAAUGGGAAGCUCGUCGCGCGGGAUCGCCAAGGCUACACGACGCUCCUCACGGAACGCGGAGAGAAGAGGGACCAGGACCGGCGCGCGCGCUCGCUCCGGCCAAGCCGUGCUGUCAGCGCGCAGAUCGUCGUGUACGCCGUCAUCGUCCUCGUCGGCCUCUACGAGUACCACAACUACGAGCACCCGGGCGACAUCCGCUUUCGCCCCGCGCUCCGCAAGGCCCUGGAGGACCCCCACCCAAAGCGCACCGGGUACGCGCCCCGCGGGGAGAAAAUAUUCAUCGCCGCCGUGUUCCACCAGACCGAGCUUGUGCUCCCGUACUGGACCAAGACGAUGCUCGACACGAUCACCUGGCUCGGGCCCGACAACGUCUUCGUCUCCGUGGUCGAGAACUAUUCGACGGACAGGACACCGGAGUUCCUCAGCGCCUUCGAGGCCGAGCUCGAUCGCCGUGGCGUCAAGAACCGGAUUCUCAUCCAGGACGAUACCAUCAAGCGUCCGACCGAAAUGGACGGGAACCCGCGCAUCGAGUUCCUCGCCGCGGUACGCAACCAGGCCCUGGAGCCCCUCCUCUUUGCCGGCGGCUACGACCGCGUCCUGUUCUCGAACGACAUCUACAUCGAGCCCGAGACCGUGCUCGAGCUGCUCGAGACCCGCGACGGCGACUACGACUUUGCCUGCGGCCUCGACUUCGGCCACUUUGGCGCAUACGACAUGUGGGUCCUCCGCGACCGCGCCGGGCGGCUCACCGCGGGCAUCUGGCCGUACUUCUUCGACACAGGCUCGUACGAGGCCAUCAAGAAGGAGGACCCGUGCCCGUCUUCUCGUCACAUGCCGCCGGAGACGCACCCCUGGACGAAGGAGAUCGCGGCGAGCCCCGCGCUGACGCCGCCGCUGCGGUUCCGGGCGAGCGCGGAGGGCGAGUGCUUCUCGUCCGAGUCCUUCCUCAUGCCCUACGACUUCCGGCGGGUGAUGGCGCUCACGAAGAUCUUCGCGAACCCGCGCGUGGUCAGCGCGUACCGGUGGCGGUUCUACGUGUGGCACAAGUGGGUGCUCCGCAGCAAGUACGUGAAGUGGUUCGUCGAGCAGGUGUACGACGGCGCGUGGAUGCAGUACUCGCGCAUGAUCGUUGGCGACGGGGACCGGGUGCGGAUAUGGGACGGCGUCGACUGCCAUCCGUGGUUGUGGGGGAGCGACAAGUGA